AUAACCAUUCAGAUGAUAUUCGUUCUGUCUGUGACUGUACGUUGAGUCCGAUGAAAAGUUGUCUUUCCUGAACUGUUUAGAACGGUGGCAAUAGUGUUAAUUGGUCAAAGUCAUUGUGUGUGGUGUAAAAAUAGUGCAGGAUUGCUAUCUUUAACUGCGCCAUUUUUAUAUGGCAGUUGGCAAUGAUAUUGGUUAUGCCCUUACCUCAUGUGGGAUAAUAUUUGUUGAUAGAGUUUGUUUCAUAUUUUUGAAGGGAUAGUCGUGGCUUGUAAUUCAAUGCAAAAUUCUUAUGGUCAUUGAGUACAGCAUCCUAGCAGAAUGAUCUCUUUGGUAGUUCAUUUGACUCUUGCUCUUGUGUUCGUUGUACAAACGACGAUCAACUCAGCUGAUGGCAUUGCGCCUCCUUCAUUCAAAACAAAUGUUACUAGUUUCAAGUUGGAGAUCAACGCUCGAAGAGCUGAUAUAUUUUGUAAAGUGCUGAGUGAAGUAGAAAAUGAGUACUGGUUUACGCGUAAUGGCCAUCGCAUUAAGAAGAGUAAACAGUAUAGGUAUGAAAAAAACAGAGCGCUCAGAUUAAAAAAGGUCCAAUGGACAGAUGCUGGUGAGUACGUUUGUUAUGCUAAAAACGCAGCUGGAACGGUGAGCAGAAAGAUUACAGUAUCAAUUUUCGAUCCAGUGUUGAGCAAAACAAAAGGGGAUGUUGCACCUGUCUUUCGAGAUGCAUGGGAGAUUUCGAGCAAUUUCUUUUUUGCAUAUACUGGACAUAGCAUUAAAAUAACCUGUGAUGCUUACGGAAGGCCACCCCCCAAGAUAAAAUGGUAUAAAGACGACCAACUUAUGAGAUACACGGCAGACGGUGACCCAUUGACAGAACAUACAAUGGUGUUAAAAUUUAAAGACUUAAAGAUGAAAGAUCAAGGAUUUUACAAGUGUUUCGUGUGGAACAGAGCUGGAAAUAUUUCGAAUACGAACGAAGUGCGAUUGCAACAAAUGAUGAUAACGACGCCAAUUCCUCUACCUUUGGAGAACAUAACUGUGUACGAAGGUGACAACGCGACCAACACUUGUAAGGCUAUGUGUGACUACGCUCCAUGGUUUGAAUGGUAUAUUUAUGUCGGCAAAGGUGAAAAUAAGCAACGGAAGACUUUUUAUAGUCCAGAUUUGGACGAUGACGAAUACACAUGGUAUGGCGAUACCCCUCGAUAUAUGGGUAUUAACUUCAGAAUUAAUAACGUGACUAAGGAAGACGAAAAAUAUUAUUACUGUGAGAUAGCACUUGAUGGAUUUGGAGAGAGUUACACAGAAUCAAUAUUUUUCUAUCUGCAUGUUUUACCAAAGCCAGUGACCACGUUACCCACAACAGAUAUUUUCACAACGCCUUUAACCUCGUCAAAAUUUCUGUCGUUCAGCACCAGUGGUAGGCUACUGGAAAUGAAAGAAUCAGUGAACACCAAGGAAUCGAUCCAGAGAUCGUCUUCGAAAUCACUUAAGUCACUGAUCAUUUUAAUAUGCAGUGUUGUUGCUGCAAUUUUCGUUGGAUCAGUGUUUUUGUAUUUCUUAAUAUACAAGUGCAAAAAACACAGGAAACACAGGCAGGGCUUUGCGGCGUAUCGCGUACCAAUCAAUCCUGCGAAUGGCAGACAGAUGUUGAGUUCUACAUCAUCAUCUAUUUCGAAUCGCUCGACGAAUCCGCUGUUGAAGAGUUCGCGCCAUGUAAGACUAGACUCGAAUUUAUCGCACAUCAGUGAAAUGACGAUACAUCUUGAUCCAGAGUGGGAAAUUGAUCGAGAAAAUUUGAAUCUUUUGCACGCGAUAGGCGAAGGUGCUUUUGGUAAAGUGCUUAAAGCCGAGGCGUUUGAUGUGGUGAAACAGAACUCGGGAAAGACUAUCGUAGCCGUGAAGACGUUAAAAGAUGACGCUACCGAGAGGGAGUUGAUGGAUCUCAUCUCUGAAGCGGAAGUGAUGAAGUGUAUUGGUCGUCAUAAAAAUAUCAUAAACUUGAUUGGAUGUUGCACUCAAAAUGGACCGCCAUUGAUAGUCGUUGAAUUCGCAGCGUUCGGUAACUUACGACAAUAUCUUCGUGAAAGAAGACCUGACCGAAACGGAAACACCAUUCCAAUAGAAGGAGAAGAAAAGUUGUGUUUGAGGGAUUUCAUCUCCUUCAGUUAUCAAAUUGCUCGUGGAAUGGAAUACUUGUCAGGAAGAAAGUGUAUUCAUCGAGAUCUUGCUGCCAGAAAUAUAUUAGUUAGUGAAGAUAGAGUAAUGAAAAUUGCAGACUUUGGUUUAGCAAGGGAUAUUCACCAGAUUGACUACUAUCGCAAGACCACAGACGGUCGACUUCCAGUCAAGUGGAUGGCCUUGGAAGCAUUAUUUGAGCGCGUUUACACAACGCAAAGCGAUGUAUGGUCCUUUGGCAUUGUUAUAUGGGAAAUGCUAACUUUUGGUGGCACUCCGUAUCCAAGCAUACCGCUCGAACAACUUUUUGAUUUUUUGAAAAAUGGCUACAGAAUGGAGCCGCCUGUAAAUUGUCCACAAGAACUUUACGACUUGCUGAUGAAAUGUUGGAAUGAAGAGCCUUACGAUCGUCCAACAUUCACUGAACUCGUUGAAGAACUGGACGAUAUGCUGUCCAAAAUGACCGACGAGCAAUAUCUUGACAUUGGAGAGCUCGUUGGCCCAAUGCAGCCACAGGAAACUCCGCUUCAAGAGCCAUCAAGUCCAAGUGUUGAAUCCACUUGCUCAAGUGUAUUUUCACACAUGGAAAAAGCUUUCGAUGAAGAUGAAAGUCAAAACACAAAUCCUAAUUCUGAUCCUACGUCAUAUGAAGAAAUUUGUGAGAUUACGUUGAGCAUUCCAGUUGCAGCCGACGUAGAAUGUUGAAUGUUACUUAAAAGAGACUAUGAUAAAAAGCAUAUUUGUUAAGUAGCUAUUGAUAGAAUGAGAAGCCGAGCUGCCUGAAGUAUAAAUGGACGUCAACCGUCAAAGGUUAGUUGGUUAGGUUUAGGAUAGGGACUAGCGUAUAUAUCAACUAAUCUUUGGUGAACAAAGAACUAGUAAACAUUUAGAACCAACCUUCAGCAAACAAUUGGAUGAAAUGAUGUAAAUAGGAUUUAUGGCUUCUAACAUAGAAUUGUAGGCUUUUUCUCUCAUUACAUUGUGUAGCUAGCUA